GGUCCCUCUAGCCUUGUCAAUUUUAGAAAGUGCAAUACCAGUCGAGAGUUGUAACUUGGAGUGCUCUUUCUUUUGAGGAUUCUCUUUAGGAAAAUUGUUACUGAUGAAGUUGGAAGACUAUUUGACCCAUCUUGUAUGACAGGUGUUGCUUUAUAAUACCAUGGAAAGUGAAAAUCUUGAUGUCAGUCAUCCUGAGAUAUCCCAACAAAGAAGUUGUGGACUUCCAAUCCAGACAGAUGCAAAUGCCCCUACUGAUGAACACAGGAUAUCAAAUAGUUCUGAUGCUCCAGCCCAAAGCAAGAACAAGAAAAGAAGGGGGAGAAGAAAUAAGCAAGAACAGGCUCAGGUUGAGGAUGAUGCAAGUGACGAUGAGUGCGUGAGCCAUCAUCGUCUUGGGAGCAUAGCAAGUAUCUUGCCCAUGCUAAAGGAAAUAGCAGAAAAGACUGUUGAAGAAGAGGAAAAGGAUUGGGGAACAAAGCUCCAGCGCCCAGAGCUGAAUGAAGCCAUUACUCUCAAAUCUGGGGACACCAUCAAGAGUUACCGUGUUUUCAGGGAAGAAGAUGGCUUCCUUUCUAUUUACUGUGCCCUCUGUCAGAGAGAUAUCCACGGACUGGGAGAGUUUGACCUGCACAAGACCAGUCAUAAUCACAGGAAGAAGAAAAUGCUGGCAAACAGGGACUCUGCUGCCUUUCAUCUGUAUGUGAACAGCCAAUUCGCUGAUGAGAUGGAUAACUCAGAGUGGAAUGAAGAUGAGACUGAAGAAUAUGAAGAGUUCUCUCUGCCUCCCCCUCUCCAGCCUUUCUGUGAGAACACUCCAGCCAUCAUACAGCCUUUCCUGGAAGCCUUCAGCUAUAAGCCUCUUGUUGGACUUGACUAUGUGCUGGAGAUGAUCAGUGACAGUGGGGAACUCUUGUACAACUGCCUCCUCUGCACCAGAUGUGCAAGCCGAAACAUCUUGACUUCUCACUUGAUGGGAAGCCAGCACCGUUUAAGCUAUAUGAAAAAGUGCUUCCCAUCCCUCAUUGAUAAAUUCAAGAAGAAGCCAAACACUUGGAGUGAGGGAAUGCACAGUGCCUUGGAGGAAGUAUGUGCCCGAGCUGAAAAGUACUAUGGCAGGACGCCAGUCUACCAAAUCCAGUCCAGAAUGCUUCAGGAGAACUUCACACAGAUCAAAAUGGCUAUUGAGGAUGUCCCUCACUACAAGGAAACACAUAAAUUCAACUUCCAAGAUUUCAAUCCUGAGAAGUGGGCAGCUGAAGUGGAGGCACAUGCAGAAAUGGCAAAGACGAGUGGCAUUGGGAGAGGGAAGAAACAAAACCCAUCCCAGGACCAUCCUCCAGAGGCCAUUGGCUUUUGUGGGUGAAGUAAUAAGUCUCUUAAGGAAUUUCAAGUGUUCCUAUGGUUUUCAAAUAUUUUGGCCAUCUGCAAAUUUUGGGACCUGUGCAAAAAUUUGGGAUCAUUGUUUUGCAUGAAGAGGAGGAAGUCCAGAAAUUCUCUCCUUGUCAGUUGCAAGUAAUCAAUGUCAAGGA